CCACAUGCUUUAGAGAUCACAGGUCCAUCGCAAGCCACAGCGAUCACUCAAAUCGGCAACAAUGGAAGGUGUCAUUGCGUUCGUGCAGUAGUUGCGGCAGUACAUAUUUACAUUUACGCGCGCGGAUGCACUUGUCGCGAAAUUGAUGUCAAUAUCCUGAUGAAUAAUUCAGCGUUUCACCCGGUCUUCCAGUGUUAAACAAUGGCGCGAAGAAGAUUACGGCGAAGAGUCCAGCCCGCAAAGCCCGGUCAGCAGAACUGUUCAUUUUGUAACCGCGUCGUAAACGAAGAGGACACGAAAUAUGGCGAAACAGUUCGAGCAAAGUCGUUUGUUGCCCAUUACUUUUGCAUGAUGUUUAGUAGCGGUCUAAAGCAAGUUGGAGACCCUGACGAAGACGAGCUGCGGGGCUUUUUGGAAAACGAAGUACUGCAGGAGAUCAAACGAGGUACCAGACUGAAAUGCAGUUUCUGCAAGGCACGUGGCGCCACAGUCGGGUGUUCCAGAAAAAAGUGCAAACUGGGCUUCCAUCUACCAUGUGGAAUGGAGAGAGAAUGUCUGUUCCAGUACUUUGAUGACUUUGGGGUCUGGUGUUCUGUCCACCGUCCACGGCAGCACAUUGUCCCAGCACAAACUCCCCCUGCAACGUGCCUUAUGUGCACGGACCAUCUGGACCCAAGGCCGUCUAACGAUGUAAUACUGACCCCGUGUUGCAGGCAGCCAUUUCAUCGUGGCUGUUUGGAGAGGCAGGCCGCCACAGCUGGGUGCCAUUUCUUCAGGUGCUGCCACUGUAAAAAUAAGAAAGACUUCCAAGAAGAAAUGCUUCUCUGCGGCAUCUAUAUUCCAGACAGGGACGCAGCCUGGGAAAUGGAGCCCAACGCAUUCUCUGACCUCCUGUACGAGUACGCACAAUGUGAUGCACCACGUUGUAGAUGCCCUCGAGGAAAAACAUAUUCGGUAAACAAUGAUCCUCGGUGGGAAGUGAUACGCUGCCAAGCCUGCGGUGCCAAGGGUGUCCACGUUGCGUGCGGUAAUCUUUCUCGGGCCAACUCUGGAAACCACGAGUGGAUGUGCCAGGACUGCCGUGCCACUCUUGCUGCAAAGGCAAACAAGCGUCCGGGCGACCAACCUCCCAAGUCUCAAAGCGAGAAAAAACGCAUCACACCGGAGGGACGCCGUAUAACACGAAGCCAGACGGAGCAGAAGCACGGGGUCAAGAGGAGGGCUGUGGACGUAGAGUCACCAGAGUCCUUCGUUUACAACAUGCACCAGAAAGAUAGCGAGACCGCGUUGUCUCAAAGUGCUCGAGAGGCCAGAGGUGCAGUGCCCUGUGGCCAGCGCAGCACUGCAGAAGGAGGUAGCUCCAACAUGCGGUCACAGGUUGACGGAGUGCAGUGUACGCAUUCAUUGGAUGGCCCCUCACAAAGUUCUCGACACUGCCACCUUCAGAGAAGCAACAAACCACACGCUGUUGUUCAACCACGCAUUGUAGGAAUCGUGCCACCUGCAAGUUCUCAGCAGGUGACGGAAGCUCCUUCCUCAAGUCCAAAUGCGGAACUUUGUCUUUCAAACGUGAGCCAACCACAUGCUCAAGAUAAGGGAAGAGGAGCCGUUCGCGUCAACAUUUUGGACAGUGGUGCACAGUCCACAACUGCAGUACAGAUUCGAAAGAAAAAGAGGCCUAAGAUAGAUUCAAAGUUAAGGCAACUGGAUAGGAAUGCCUUUACUGAACUAUGUUCACCAAAGGCACUAGCUAUGAGAAAAGUGACAAAAAACAUAGUGAAACGGCAGGUGGGGAAGUCGUCUGCCUGGGUACAGCUGUCAAUCGUAAAUUUCGUUAGGCAAUUGAGGCAGACUGCCAGUUGACGCUCAGAUGGAACAUAUGGCAGGUAUAUUGUCAUACUUCUGUUGUGUAUGUGUCAUCGUUAGAGCUUUGCAUUAGAGCCUCGUGUUGCAACUUUUUUUGAGAAUCUGGAGGGGGGGCUGGAAAACAGGGUAAAAAUCGGGCAAUAUCAGCACUAAAUGAAAAUCAGCGCUUCUCACACAACGUGCCUGUGCUAAUUGUGCAGUGCUUAGCAUUCUCCAGUGCCGGUAUUGGUGGGUGAAUUUGCACUUUGGCAGUUUGUUUUUGGAUUUUUUAUUUUUUUUUUCCAUGCUUGAUAUGAUGAUGAAAAUUGGGAGGGGACAAAACUAGUUUCACUACUUAAACCUGAGAACACGAGGCUUUAGUCACUGUGCUGUAAUACGACUGGAGGGCACGCUGGCCAGCCUGGUUACCCUUUUGGUGACAGAUUUAACCAAGUUAUCACGCUUCUUUGGGAGGCAUGACGAUCGUACUGUUGUAUGGCUGUACCCACUAAAGUGUUAGUGUCUUUGUAGCUUUUUCCUGCCUUUUAAAUACAAAGAUACACUCUGUGAUAUUUGUGAAAUAGACACACAUUCAUUGUUCAUUGUGCCAAACUCUCAUCACAUCUGAAAAAAUUGGUAGCUAAAAGAAUUUACUGUGUAUGUCUGUGAGGUGCUACCUUCCUUUCAGCACCUGUGUAGUACCGUCGUGACAAGCAUCAGUGCAGAUAUUUAUGCCAGUUAUAUGACAUAGCUCUUACUUUGGGUUGCUGCACCAGGAUGAUUUAGAGCUUUACUGCAGAUAGCUGACGUGCGUAACUAACCUAGACAAAGUUUGCUGAGCACAUUUGCUUGCAUUUUCGCGGCUUUGUUUUUCUUGAAGAAAAAGUUUUGUGUGAAUGUAUUUGUAUAUGUGCAGGCCCAUCACAUGGGACAUUUCCGUGCCUCGUAGUGGCUAGUUUUCAUUGGAACACACUCUUUCUGGACAGAGUAGGAUGAACACAGGAUAGGACAACAGGAUGAACUUUACACAAGUGCGCAGCAAUUUCUCGUUACUGUUUUUAUUUUGAAACAUUUUCACUGACCAAUGAACUUUUGUAAAUAAAAAUGUAAUCGAUGAACCUCAAAAA